GGGGGAGAGAGGGAGUGGUGUGAGUUCCUCAAAAGUUGUACAACAUCAGAAGCUUAUUUCCCAACACCACUUCUACUUCCUCCUCUCCGUGAGCUCGCUUCCUUUUCCCCAAGUGACAGACAGACAGGGAGGACCAGGACAGACAGGGAGGACCAGGACAGACAGGGAGGACCAGGACAGAGAAGCUCCUGCAGUAAGUCAUUCAGGAGCUGUAGGCAGAAAAGGCCAUGGGCCACUGUCACACACUCCCACUCUGUGUGUUGGGGUUGGAGAGAAAGCUCCACCCACAGGGCUUCAUCAGUGGUCAAGAUCAGACAAGGGGGCGUGGCAUGGGUCACUGAAAAGAACAGGGUCAUUCCAAUCGCUGCACCUCUCUCCAUCUGCCACGUCUGUAACUGACCUGUGGGUCCACCUCUCUCCAACUGCCACAUCUGUAACUGACCUGUGGGUCCACCUCUCUCCAUCUGCCACAUCUGUAACUGACCUGUGGGUCCACCUCUCCCCAUCUGCCACGUCUGUAACUGACCUGUGGAGACACCUCUCCCCAUCUGCCACGUCUGUAACUGACCUGUGGGUCCACCUCUCUCCAACUGCCACAUCUGUAACUGACCUGUGGGUCCACCUCUCCCCAUCUGCCAUGUCUGUAACUGACCUGUGGAGACACCUCUCCCCAUCUGCCACGUUUGUAACUGACCUGUGGAGCCACCUCUCCCCAUCUGCCACGUCUGUAACUGAGAGAGAGAGGAGGGAAAGAGAGGCAGAGGGAGGGGGAGAGAGGGAGUGGUGUGAGUUCCUCAAAAGUUGUACAACAUCAGAAGCUUAUUUCCCAACACCACUUCUACUUCCUCCUCUCCGUGAGCUCGCUUCCUUUUUCCCAAGUGACAGACAGACAGAGAGGACCAGGACAGGCAGAGAGGACCAGGACAGACAGGGAGGACCAGGACAGACAGGGAGGACCAGGACAGACGGGGAGGACCAGGACAGAGAAGCUCCUGCAGUAAGUCAUUCAGGAGCUGGAGGCAGAAAAGGCCAUGGGCAAUGGCUUGGCGUGGAUCACUGAAAAAAACAGGGUCAUUCCAAUCGCUCCACCUCUCUCCAUCUGCCACGUCUGUAACUGACCUGUGGGUCCACCUCUCUCCAUCUGCCACAUCUGUAACUGACCUGUGGGUCCACCUCUCCCCAUCUGCCACGUCUGUAACUGACCUGUGGAGCCACCUCUCUCCAUCUGCCACAUCUGUAACUGACCUGUGGAGCCACCUCUCCCCAUCUGCCACGUCUGUAACUGACCUGUGGAGCCACCUCUCCCCAUCUGCCAUGUCUAUAGUCGUCAUGUUUUCAAACUGCCACAUGAAAGAACAAGGAGGUCAGAACAUCGCUGAGUUGUCCACAGACACUUUUCAGAUGCUUCAACAAGGUGCUGCUAAAAUGCUCGAUAAUAAUGUCAGUGUGGGCCCAUCGGAACCCUAUUUCCAGAAUUUUCAAAUGAUUUCCCGGAAUCAACAAGUCCGCUCUUGUUCUCACAUCUGGGCUGGAUUUACUGGAGGUCGCUUGGCUCCAGCGCAUGAACCGGCGGUACCCGAAAAGGAUUGGUCUUCGCCCACUUCUUAAAAGCCCACUCAUUCUAUUACAUAGCUUUUCUUGUGAUUGGCACCUCCCUAAUCCUAUCAGAAUCCCCCAGAAAAUAAAUACGCCCAAAAUAUAUAAUCGUUUGACAUCCAGUUCAUAAAAUACAGACAGCGAAUUCGCACUGGGUUGACAGGGCUGUCCGUUGCGCAGGGUAUAAGAUCGCGACCCCAAGACUGAGCGGAAUGUUGGCCCAAGCCACCGGUGCCUUUGUGCAGCAGAUUGACCCGGGCGGGACCCUGAUCCCACUGACCCGGAUCAAUGACUCGGAAAAGCUGGACCUGCUGGCGCUGGUUCUGAAGAGCCAUGGACCCUGGUUCUGGCAGCGGACCAAAUACCGGCCCACCGACUUCACCCUCAACGACCUGCUGCUGGGAGACACGCCCAUCAGCACAGGUGUGCUGGAGAAGGACUUCCUGAAGUAUGAGGGCACAUUUGGGGACAGUGCGUCAGGCAGGCUGGAGUGCGGGGGGGAACAGGUGAGCGUGAACGUGCAGGGGAAAGGCUCAUCCAAACUGCAGUCCUCCUUCGGGAACCUGAGGAAGCAGGAAGUGGACGUCCCGAAACUGCUGCAGGACUCCCAUAACAGGAGGCUGAACCCGCAGCAUGGGCUGCUGCGGUUGGUGCAGGGGCGUGGGCCUGGCGGGGGGCGGGGCGGGGGGCGGGGGCUGGCGCUGGCGGUGCUGAAGGAGCGGAUCGUCUCCACACAGCCCUGCUCCAUCACCCAGCAGACCCGCCGGGCCGGCAGCUGCAGCGCCAUGCUGCCCCUCAUCACCACCAGCAGCGUGCAGGUGUCUGUGCAGGAGAAAGGCAGCCUGCAGAAGGACAGCAACAUCUCCCUGGAGAUCCCAGAGGGCUCCGUCCUGGCCUACAGUGUCCUGGAGCUGGACAUCACCCCCACCGGCCACUAUGAAUUCUGUCUCCAGCUGGACACUGAGGGGGGGUUUGAGGUGGAUGGGCCAAUCAGAAGCAAUGGAGAGGAACACAGGGAACAGCCAAUCAGCAUCCUACAGGAAGAACUCUCUUGGCUGAAGGCUCAUCUCCAGCUCCUUGCAGCCCUCCCAGUGCCGGUCCGGUCCAGCCUCUUCCAGCUGCUUCAGCAGGUUCUGUGUGACCGGUCCACACUCAGCAUACUGGAGAACACGCUGGAAGAGUUGGUGGUGGGCAGGGUCUCCUCGUGGGCGGAGCUGAGUGGGCCUCUCUGUGAGGAGGGGAGGGUUCGAGCCCUGCUGGACCUGCUUCAGAAAGCCCCGCCCCCACACGCUGACCUCAUCGCCACCGUACACCUGCUGCUCAGUGCCAUGGAGGAGAUGACUGAUGCUGGUCUGGCUCAGCUGUGUGCCUGCUGUUCUCCUCCUGUGCUGAAGACCCUACAGGACCUGGUGAGUGGGGAGUCAGCCCUGGCCGAUGAAGAGGUGUGUCAGAGGGUGGAGCUCCUCUUCUCAUCCUCCAAUGUGGUGCUGCGCAGAGAGAUGGGCAGGCUGUGGGCGGAGCUAGGAGCCCAGGCAGGGCUCCGCCCCCUCGUCAUGUGUAUCGCAGUGCAAGGCCUAGCCACUCUGGGUCUUUAGAGAGAGAGUGUGAGUGUGUGUGUACCCCCCCUUUCUGAAUACACAUUUGUAUUAUCAUUUCUACAGUAAUCAUGUUUUAUUGCACUCAUAUUUAAAAUGAUAUCAUUAAGCUUGAAGAAUGUAUUUAAAUGUUUGUUUUGUGGUUGGGUUUGCACAAAUCCCAGCCUGAUCCCAGCACUGGUACUAUAUAUAAUAUAUACAGAAUUAAGCUUUUAUAUAUAUAUAAAUAUAUAUAUAUAUAUUAUAUAUAUAUUUUUUUCGUUAUAUGCUAUUACAGUUGCAUUGUUAUUUUAUAUGCAGUACCAGUGCUGUAAGCUAACCGAUAUUUAUUAUAUUUUACUAUACAUGUAAUAAAUACAGUAUUUAUAUUUAAAACUAAGUUUUAAGCCUUUUUACAGUCCAUAUGUGUACUGUUCAUAUUUUAUGUUUGCUGUCAAUCUGAAAUGUCUAUUUUUUAAAAAUCUGUUCUUCAAAAAUGUUUCAUCAUUUUUUAAAUUUUGUUUUGGACUGUCACCCCAGAAGGGACGUGGCCCUGCUGGUUCUCUGUUCAUACAAGUUCUCAUGCAGGAUCUCUGAAUCCUCUCUCCAGGGUUCUGUCAGUGACUGGGCCCAGGCUGGGCUGGGCUGGGUUGGGGGUGUGAGAUGGGCCCAGUCUGGAUUAGGAAUGUUUAAAUUGAGAGGGGGGUUUACUUCUGGCCAUUGACAGGGCCACAGACUCUAUGCACCACUACUUUCAGCUUUUUAUAGUGGUAGUUCAUAUUAUUUUAUGUAAUACAUGCACAAUUAAGCUGCCGUAAUAUUUUAUUUAUACAUGUAUGGAUAUCAAUGUAUGCAUGUACUGAAUAUAUGCCUUUGUUUGCAUUAAAAGCAGUUUAAAAACCCA